GAUUUUGCAGAUAACACCUCUCCCCUCUCAUCCUUGUAUGGCUCCCAAUGGCUUUGCCCCUUUGUCACAGAUAAUCCUCUCUAUAAUAGACACUCCUAAGGCAGAAGUAGGGCUGUAUUCAUUGAUAUAAUUCUGAUAUGCUGUAGUGAUUUAACAGUGACGUAACGAGACUGGAGAUGGUUGGAUACACUUGGUUAUUUCCUGCAUAGAGGAUAGGGUUACACACACACCUACAGGAGAACUUCCUGUUGAGUCACGAGGCUCAGAGUAGUUCCCCUCCUAUCUCAAGUCUUCAAACCACAGAGGUAAGGAGCCUGUCCAUGGCUGGAUCCACUCCUUGUCCCAGGCUUGGUCAAGGGCCUUACGUCAGAGGAAUCAUAUGUGCACAGUCCCUCUCAGACGUAACCUCAGAGAAGCUCUGAUAGCUCCAAAGGAACCAUGAGUUUCUUACAGAAUAUCUCUAUCAGGAAGGAGUCUUGGCGUCAAGGUGCAGGUGUGCAGGUGUGACCUUGAGACAUCCCUACUCGAGGGGAGAUCCCGUUGUGCAGCCCGCUGCUGUGCAGGAGAGCUCGAGGGGCACUUGGGCUGCUCCCUGUUUUGGGGUAAGAUGACUGACUCCUUGCCGUGCUUUGUCUUAGGCACACACUCAGUCGGCCCUCAGCUGUUGAACUGAGUGUCAGCUGUCAGUUCUUUCAGUCCCGCACUUUGAGACAGCUUUGUGAUGGUUCAUUUCUUUUAGCCAGAGUGUCACCAGUGCUGGUGCUGACUGUCUUCCUGUGCAAGGCCUGCUGUGCUGCCCUCCAGGCAGUGUCCUGCAGCUGGGCUGAGGAGGGCUGGGCUGGGACAGGGACUGCUGCGUUCCCUCACAGCUCCCCUGCCAUUUCUCUUGUCCCUGCAGGCUCCAGCUCAACUUGUGCCUUCCAGCCGUGAUCAGCCCAGCCCGCAGGAGAGCAGCAAAUGGCCACAGCACCUCCAUCUCAGGAGCCCGUGAGCUUUGCGGAGGUGGCCGUGUAUUUCAGCAGGGAGGAGUGGGCGCUGCUGGACCCUGCGCAGCGAGCGCUCUACCGGGACGUGAUGCUGGAGACGUACCAGUGCGUGGCCUCGCUGGCUCCACUUCCAGUCCCGAAACCCAUGCUGAUCUCCCAGCUUGAAGGAGGAGAAGAUCCCUGGAUCCCAGAUGCGUGUAGCCCUGAGGCUGUGCCAGGAGACCUCAGCCCAGGAGAGGAUGGGAUCACAUAUAUAAAGGAAGAUCUGCAGGAAAGUGGUAUGGGCGAAAGGCAGUGGGGUAGCACCUCCAUGGAAGAAAUCGAAGGAGAUGUCCACAUGGGCUUUGAGCAAGCAGAGUACUACGAGGAGCCACUGGGAAAGCAUAUGGAAGAGACAACAAGGAACCUGCUGCACUUCAGCACAGGUCAAAAGCAGCGUGAAGACCACGGGAGCAAGAAUGUGUGCCAGAAGAAAAAGCAGAAUCCGUGCACUGAGUGUGGGAAAAGCUUCAAAAGGUAUUCCAACCUUGUUAAUCACCAGCGCAUACACUCUGGGAAGUGCCGGUUGAAGUGCUCUGAUUGCGGAAAGAGCUACAAAUGGAGAUCUGAACUUAUCAAGCACCAGCGCGUGCACACAGGAGAGAGACCCUAUAAGUGUCCUGAGUGUGAGAAAAGCUACAUGAGCAGAACUGGAUUGCAGUACCACCAGCGCAUCCACACAAAAGAAAGAUCCUUUAAUUGCUCUGAGUGUGGAAAGAGUUUCCAAAGCAGUUCCAACCUGUUUCGUCACCAGCGUAUGCAUACAGAAGAGAGACCCUAUAAUUGUACUGAGUGUGAGAAGAGCUUCAAAAUUCGUUCCCACCUUAUCCGCCACCAGCGCAUCCACACAGGAGAGAGACCCUACAAGUGCUCUGACUGUGGGAAAAGCUUCAAAAGCAGUUCUGACCUCAUUGUCCACCAGCGCAUCCACACUGGAGAGAGACCCUACAAGUGUGCUGAGUGUGGGAAAAGCUACAAAAGCAAUGGUGAUCUGAAGUAUCAUGAGCGCAGCCAUACAGGAGAGAGACCUUAUAAGUGUCCUCAGUGCGGCAAGUGCUUCAAAAACAGUUCCCACCUCAACCGCCACCAGCACACCCACACGGGAGUGUGUAAUGCCUUUAUGAUUUUCCUGGUCAGUAUUCCACACUAUAACAUCAUUCAGUGUACUGGAAGUUAAGUGCUAACUCUCAGGCUGUGUGAAUUGUCAAUAGAUCCGGGUACCUGGUCUCUGAAGGGAAGAAUGAACUACAACUUGCAGAAGCCUUCAUUAUUUGGUUUUCAUUGUCUGGUCGGUGGGAAAGAUAAAACUGUGAGUCACAAGACUGCCUCUUUGCUUUCUGUGCUGCUGUCCGUCUCGCCUACUGCAUUAGAGUAAGGACUUUAGUUUUGGAAAAUCAUUUUAUUUAUUAGCUUCAAUUCCAGCUAUACUGUAUUAUCUCGCGUCCCGCUAUCAUAUAUAAUAAAUAAGUUUCUUUCCCUUA